AUGAGCCCCUGCAGGCGGGCCCGGCGACACACGUCCAGAGGGGCCAUGGCAGUCCUGGCGUGGAAGUUCCCGCGGACCCGGCUACCAGUGGGAGCCAGUGCCCUUUGCGUCGUGGUCCUCUGUUGGCUCUACAUCUUCCCGGUCUACCGGCUGCCCAACGAGAAGGAGAUCGUGCAAGGGGUGCUGCAACAGGGCACGGCGUGGAGAAGGAACCAGACGGCGGCGAGAGUCUUCAGGAAACAGAUGGAAGACUGCUGUGACCCCGCCCAUCUCUUUGCUAUGACUAAAAUGAAUUCCCCCAUGGGGAAGAGCAUGUGGUAUGACGGGGAGUUUUUAUACUCAUUCACCAUUGACAAUUCAACUUAUUCUCUCUUCCCCCAGGCAACCCCAUUCCAGCUGCCCUUGAAGAAAUGCGCGGUGGUGGGAAAUGGUGGGAUUCUGAAGAAGAGUGGCUGUGGCCGUCAAAUAGAUGAAGCAAAUUUUGUCAUGCGAUGCAAUCUUCCUCCUUUGUCAAGUGAAUACACUAAAGAUGUUGGAUCCAAAAGUCAUUUAGUGACCGCUAACCCCAGCAUAAUUCGGCAAAGGUUUCAGAAUCUGCUGUGGUCCAGGAAGACUUUUGUGGACAACAUGAAGAUCUAUAACCACAGUUACAUCUACAUGCCUGCCUUCUCUAUGAAGACGGGAACAGAGCCAUCUCUCCGGGUUUAUUACACACUGUCAGAUGUUGGUGCCAAUCAAACAGUGCUCUUUGCCAACCCCAACUUUCUGCGUAGCAUUGGAAAGUUCUGGAAAAGUAGGGGAAUACAUGCCAAGCGCCUGUCCACAGGACUCUUUCUGGUGAGUGCGGCUCUGGGCCUCUGUGAAGAGGUUGCUAUCUAUGGUUUCUGGCCUUUCUCUGUGAAUAUGCAUGAGCAGCCCAUCAGCCACCACUAUUACGAUAACGUCUUGCCCUUCUCUGGCUUCCAUGCCAUGCCAGAGGAAUUUCUCCAGCUCUGGUAUCUUCAUAAAAUCGGUGCACUGAGAAUGCAGCUAGACCCAUGUGAAGACACUUCACUCCAGCCCACUUCCUAGGGACCAUGGAAAAAGAAAGAACUGAGACAGGGUAUUUUUGUUAGGUUUUCUACAUGACUCCAAAAGGUCAUUUCAUGGAUUCACAGGGGCCACUUGGAAAAAUAAGACAAAACAAAAACAAAACAA